UGUACUGCUGAGUUGUCAUUUGUCAGGUUGACGUUUGAAUGAUUUACUAAACUUAGUUAUCGCAGGGAGUGAGGUGAAAGAAGUAAUAUUUUUUGUAGAGAGUGCAUAGUUGAGUUUGGUGAAAAGCAGUUGAAAUGUCGGACUCUGAAGAUAGCAAUUUUUCUGAUAACGACAAUGCAUCUGAUGCAGGUUCUGUUAAAUCGGGGGGCUCUGGAGGUAGCGUCAGAAGUAGAUCCGUCUCCAGAAGUCGCUCCCGUUCUGUAUCUCGUUCAAGAUCUAGAAGUAGAUCGGUAAGUAGAUCAGUAUCAAGGUCGAGAUCAAGAUCUAGAUCCAGAUCACGCUCAAAAUCUCGUAGUAGAUCUAGAGGUUCAGAAGCUAAAGAAGCUUCCGGUGCAGAAGAAGUGGAAGAUGAACAAGAACCUGAGGGAGAAUCUGUUCAUUCUGAAGAAUAUGAUAGUGAGGAAGACAGCGAUGAUGGAGGAAGAAAUAAGAAAAGAAAAAAAAAGGAUAGGUAUGGAGGUUUUAUUAUCGAUGAAGCUGAAGUUGAUGAUGAAGUGGAGGAUGAAGACGAAUGGGAAGAUGGUGCGCCAGAGUAUGGAAUUGUUCCAAAUGAAGUUGACGAAUUUGGCCCCACUGCUAGAGAAAUUGAGGGCCGGAGGAGAGUAACUAGCAUGUGGGAUGCUCAGAAAGAGCAUGAAAUAGAAGAAUAUUUACGUAAGAAAUAUGCUGAUGAUAGUGCAGCUACAAAAAGAUUUGGAGAUGGCGGGGAAGAAAUGUCUGAUGAAAUUACUCAGCAAACAUUACUUCCAGGAGUAAAGGAUCCAAAUUUGUGGAUGGUAAAAUGUCGUAUCGGUGAAGAAAAGUCAACAGCUCUUCACCUGAUGAGAAAGUUUCUGGCUUAUUCAAGCACUAAUUCUCCACUCCAGAUUAAGUCUGUUGUUGCCCCUGAAGGUGUUAAAGGUUAUGUUUAUAUUGAAGCUUACAAACAGCCCCAUGUCAAAACCGCUAUAGACAACGUAGGAACGCUUAGAAUGGGAGUUUGGAAACAACAAAUGGUUCCAAUCAAAGAAAUGACGGAUGUUUUGAGGGUAGUAAAGGAACAGACUGGGCUAAAAUUGAAGCAAUGGGUCCGAUUAAAAAGAGGAUUAUAUAAAGAUGAUAUUGCUCAAGUUGACUACUUUGAUAUGGCUCAGAACCAAGUUCAUUUAAAGUUGUUACCAAGGAUUGACUAUACAAAAUUGAGAGGUGCGUUAAGAACUAACCAGUCAGAUUCAGAAGCAGAAAAGCGCAAAAGAAAAAGACAUCCCCCAGCAAAACCAUUCGAUCCUGAAGCUAUUAGAGCAAUAGGUGGGGAAGUCUCAACAGAUGGAGACUUUAUGAUCUUUGAAAACAACAGAUACUCUAGAAAGGGGUUUCUUUACAAAACAUUUUCUUUAAGCGCAGUUAUUGUAGAUGGAGUUAAGCCUACACUGAGUGAGCUUGAGAGGUUUGAAGAACAGCCUGAGGGUAUAGAUCUUGAAUUGCCUGCCGAGAAAGAAGAUAAGACAGUUGCCCAUUCAUUCAGUGCAGGAGACAAUGUAGAAGUGACUGAAGGUGAAUUGAUAAAUCUGCAAGGAAAAAUCAUUAGUAUAGAUGGACCGAUGAUCUCAAUCAUGCCUAAGCAUGAGGAACUGCGUGAUAUGUUGGUCUUCCAGGCUAGUGAACUGAGGAAGUACUUUCAAAUGGGAGAUCAUGUCAAAGUACUUGCCGGAAGAUAUGAAGGAGACACAGGUUUAGUGGUCAGAGUGGAGAGUAAUAGAGUGGUCUUAAUAUCAGAUCUAACAAUGCACGAAAUGGAAGUUUUACCCAAAGAUCUUCAGCUCUGCACUGAUAUGGCCAGCGGUGUUGACUCUCUUGGUAAAUUCGAGUGGGGAGAUAUGGUUAACUUAGACUCGGAAACAGUGGGUGUUAUUGUUCGCUUAGAAAGGGAAAACUUUCACAUUUUGAACAUGCAUGGAAAGGUUGUCGAAUGUAGGCCUGGUUCUUUACAGAAACGCCGUUUGAAUCGUUUCACAGCUGCUUUAGAUUACUAUAGGAAUAGCCUCCAUCGUAAAGAUAUGGUCAAGGUCAUAGAUGGCCCCCAUUCUGGGUUUUCUGGAGAAAUAAAACAUUUGUACAGAAAUUUUGCCUUUUUACACUCCAGGGAAUUCUUGAAUAAUGGUGGAAUAUUUGUAUGUAAGACCAAACAUCUCCAGCUUGCUGGUGGAAACAAAGCUGUGGCAAACCAAGAGAUGUCAACUGGCCUAGAAUUUAUGUCUCCUAGGAGGAGUUCACCCAUGCAUCCCUCAAGUGGAGGUGGAGCAGCAGCAGGAGGUGGAGGAUUUCAGACCCCCAGACACGGUGGUGGUGGUGGUGGUGGUGGUCGUGGAAGAAUUACAAGGGAUAGAGAUCUUAUCGGUACCACUAUUAAAAUUACUAAAGGUCCAUAUAAAGGCAAUAUUGGUAUCGUUAAAGAUGCAACACAGACUACAGCUCGAGUUGAACUGCAUACAUCCUGUCAAACAAUUUCGGUGGAUAGGAAUCACAUUGCUGAUGUUGGAACACCCAGUCGUGAUGGCAGCAUCUCCAGUUAUGCUAGGACUCCAGCUUACGCUGGCAGUCAAACACCCCUGUACAGGGAUACUGGAAACAAGACUCCGAUGCAUGAUGCUGGUUCACGUACCCCGCUUCAUAGUUAUGGAAGUAUGACACCAAUACAUGACGGAUCCAGGACCCCUAAUGCCCAUUCUGAAUGGGAUCCUGCUAUUCCAAAUACUUAUCCCUCUCCUGGCUACAAUCCCAGUACUCCUGGCUACCAGAUGAAUGGGCCUUUUACCCCACAGACACCAGGUACUAUGUAUGAGAAUAACUACAGUCCUGGAUAUCAAAGCGCAGCAUCAACACCAAGCCCUUCAAUAGGUUAUAGACAAUCCCCAGCAAGUAACAAUCCUUACAAUACACCAAGCUCAGGGUAUAGCCCCAACAGUCCAGGAAUGCCAUAUAACCCGCAGACACCUGGAGCUGGUUUAGAUGUUGUCCCAAUGACUGAUUGGCAUACAGUAGAUAUAGAAGUUAGGAUUAGAGAUAGUCAUGAUGAUCCUGGACUUGUUGGGCAAACUGGAGUUAUCAGGAGUAUUUCAGGUUCCAUGUGCUCAGUCUUUUUGCCUGAAGAAGAUCGUGUAGUCAACAUAAUGUCUGAUCAUUUGGAUCCUAUCUGUCCUCAAAGUGGGGAUGCUUUUAAGGUCAUCAUUGGAGAAGAAAGAGAAGCUACUGGAGAACUUUUAUCAAUCGACCGACGUGAGGGAGUUGUAACAAUUGCAAAUGAAGUCAAAUUGAUGCCACUACAAAACCUAUGUAAAAUGAGAGUUAUCAAUUAUUAGAAAUAAUUUGUUUUCUAGAAGUUUGAAAUAUGUUUAUUGUAUAUUUAGUUUUACAUAUAUAUAUAAAUAUAUAUAUAUAUAUAUAUAUAAAUUUAAUCGAUUGAGUUCUUACUUGAUAAAAUAAUUAUUAAAUGAAAUUUAAAAAAAUCUACUUCCACAACAUUGGACUUAAAUUUUGUACAUAUACUUUUUUCAAUUUUGAUGAAGAUAGAGCAAACAUAUGUUUAAUUAUUUGUGGACUACUGAUCUUGUAAUUGUGAGAAAUUAAGUGUGAUAUAAAAACAAACAUAACAUAUGUUUACUCGAAAGUGGAAAUUCAAUAAAAUAUAUCUUUGAAAAUUC